CUUGACUUCGUGGUGAAACAGUCUUCCUGCAGAGCCGUGCGCCUUUACGCACGGAAUUUCGGCAAAUUCUUGCAGCUUUUUUACUGGGCAAACAUGACAGAAGAGAUCAAGUCAUUGACGGAGCAUCCAUGCAGUCCAGUCGGCAGCGACAGCUCCAUGUCCCCGCAUGGUUCGGAUUCAGAGUCUCUAGUGUCUCCGGCAGGGUCGGACGCACAAGGGACUGCGUCUGGUAAUACGCAUAAGGUUGAGAGCAGCACGGAGGAUGAGCGCUUCCCAGCCUGCAUUCGCGACGCGGUGUCACAGGUGCUGAAAGGUUACGACUGGUCGCUGGUACCGAUGCCCAGUCAAGGGGAGAGAGGGCUGAAAAACAAACCUCAUGUUAAACGACCGAUGAACGCUUUCAUGGUUUGGGCGCAGGCAGCGCGCAGGAAGCUGGCGGACCAGUAUCCUCAUCUGCACAACGCUGAGCUCAGUAAGACGCUGGGUAAACUGUGGCGGCUUCUCUCUGAAACAGAGAAGCGUCCUUUCGUCGAGGAGGCAGAGAGGCUGCGGCUACAGCACAAGAAGGACUACCCAGACUACAAGUACCAGCCUCGGAGACGCAAGAGCACCAAACCGGGUCAGGGGGACUGUGGAGCAGGACUGGUCCAGCAGCAGCAUCAACAGGGCUUGUAUAAGACAGAGCCUGGGGUGGCCAGGCUGGCUGGAACGGGGGAUGUACACCAUCAUUAUCAUCCAGACAGGACAGGUCAGUCUCAUGGACCUCCAACACCUCCCACUACCCCUAAAACCGACCUCCACAUAGGAAACAAACAUGACGCCCACCGGCUUGUGGACGGCAGCACCGGCUCCGCUCCUCCUCCCAGCCGUCAGAACAUUGACUUCAGCAACGUGGACAUCUCCGAGCUCAGCACUGACGUCAUCAGCACCAUCGAUGGAUUUGACGUCCAUGAGUUUGACCAGUACCUGCCUCCCAACAACCACGGCUCCGCUGUUCUAACCCCGCCAGAUACCAGCCACACGCAUAACAACCCCUCUGGAUCAUUCAUCCUACCCAGCAUCCACUCCCACAGCAUUCCCCCUUGGACUCCCAAAACUUCUGGUGCGUCUUCCACUGGAAUGCCACCAUCUUCUUCCAGUCGUGACACCCAUGGGCCCCAUGAGGACACCAGCCACAAACCUCAGAUUAAAACUGAGCAGAUGAGCCCAGGUCACUACAGCAGCUCCUCCUCCUCCACUCCUCCGCCACCACAACCAGAGUACACCUCCCUCAGCUCGGGUGCCUGCCCUUACCCAAGCUCCUCCACUUCUUCCUCCAACCAAUCUGACCACACUGACCUUCAGAGCUCCACUUUCUACAGCGCCUUCUCUGGGUACCCUGCCGGUCUGUAUCAAUACCCGUACUUCCACUCCUCCAGAAGGCCCUACGCCACAUCGCUUAUCAACAGCCUGGCCUUGGCACCACCUCCGCACAGUCCUCCCUCUGGCUGGGAGCAACCUAUCUACAAAACACUCACCAGGCCUUGAAGAAGAGGA